CAGCUGUUGACCAUACCCAAGCACAUCCAAUGGCGACGCCCAGCCUGCGAAGAACUGCAGGUCUUCGUGGUUCGUGGAAACAAUGUUACCAGUGCAGGAGCACGCGACAUUUUGAACCACGGCGAUGGCAGGCGACUGCAGCUGCGGUGGAGUCGACUGACGAAGACCUUGAGCAGACAUCCUUCGGGGGCGCCGCACCCGGCGAAGAAGUCAUCAAAAGCUAUGAUCCCGUGAAGCAAAGCAAGGAGAGAGAGAAGCCAUUGCCUUCUAGUAGAUAUAAGUUUCGAUCACCGCGAUACUACCGUGGCCCAUUGCAUCCCCAUCAACCACUUCCACCAUCCGAUCCAGCGUCGCGCGAAUUCAUACCCGGGCCUUUCACUCUACCACGCAUGCAACAAACGUAUGAAAGCACUAUCGCGCAAGACAUCAUGACUGCCGCCUACCAGCACCUGCCACCUGGUGUGCAAGAGCCCCCCAUCGGACAGCGCCUACGGACGUGGGAAGGCGAUUCCCCUUAUUUCUCCGGCAGACCUCUUCGUGGACCCAAGGGUGGUCACCCGCUGCGUCCCGUACACAGGCGCAUAACAUUCCGGAACAUACCAUGCAUUGAAAAAGUUGUCGUUCACUCAUUCGUUCCCAAUGCCAACGAGGACAGCGCAUAUCUCCACGUCGCAGGAAUGGUGCUGCAGUCUAUCACGAAUCAGCGUGCCGUCACACACAAAGCCAGGCAUUCUGUUGUGCAAUGGGGUCUCAAAAAGGGUAAAUUCACGAGUUGUACGGUCGAGUUGAAAGGAGAAGACAUGUAUCAUUUCCUGGCAAAGGUCGUGGAGCUCGUUAUGCCAAAGGUGAAGGAUUACAAGGGCAUCAGCUGGAGCAGUGGCGAUCAGACGGGAAAUGUGAGCUUUGGGUUUGACCCGGAGGCUGUUGCCCUGUUCCCAGAAAUUGAGACGAAUUACGAUGCGUACCCUGAGAAGAUGAUUCCUGGUUUGCAUAUCACAGUUCAAACGAGCGCAAAGGUGGACAAGGAAGCUCGACUGCUGUUGACGGCCCUCGGAGUGCCGUUUCAUGGCAAAUUCUCUCAAUAAGAGAUAGCUCGUCCCCUCUGAGAUUCGUGCAGUGUAUCAUAUAUUGAAUGUUGAGAAUAGCAAUUGUAGAACUCUUAAAGAUUGCCUUGGUUAAGCCAGCUGAAACCGCAUCAGUCUAAUAUUCUCGUUGAGAGACGAGUUCUACCUCUCCAGUAAGUUAGCUGAACUGCAUGGGGGACUCGGAAAAGACAUUUUAGGCAUCCAUACUAAUUAAC